UCUAUAUUUUGGUGGUCCUUGGGUGUCUCUAAACAAGUGGAGCUACAUAAUUUCAGCACCCCUCGGGCGGUCCACUAUGCAGUUUCGAUUCUUCGGCCUCUUGUUAUUCAGAACCCCUUUUGCAAAACACACUCCUCGCUUCAUCAUCCCACCCAAAUUUCGAUUCCCCUUGCGAUGUAUCAAUCUCGGAAACAUUAGUCAUGAGUGUGACACUACUAGUUCAACUGACCAUGAAGCCCUUAAGAUUCAAACCAUUCUCAAGACUAAACAAAAUACAAAUGUUUACGACAUUGAGAGAGCUCUCAAUCAAUGCCAACUCAUAUUAUCCGAGGACUUGGUGCUCAAUGUGCUUCGACGACAUCGUUCUGAUUGGAAACCCGCUUAUGCAUUCUUCACUUGGGUCUCUAGAGGUCAAGAUGGGAGUGAUUAUUCGCCUGGAACUGGUGCCCAUAAUGAGAUUCUUGAUAUUCUAGGCAAAAUGAAAAGAUUUGAAGAGCUUCACCAAGUGCUCGACGAAAUGUCUAAGAGAAAAAAGGGUCUCGUAAAUGAAGUUACGUAUCGAAUUGUGAUUAAUAGGUAUGCUGCUGCGCAUAAAGUGGAUGAAGCCACUGAGUUUUUUUAUAGGAGGGUACAAUUUGGUCUUCAGCUCGACUUGAUUGCGUUUCAGACUCUGUUGUUGGCGUUGUGUCGGUAUAAGCAUGUGGAGGCUGCCGAGUUUUUGUUUCAUAGUAAGUAUAAGGAGUUUAGGAUGGAUAUUAAGACGAGGAAUAUUAUUCUGAAUGGAUGGUGUGUUUUGGGGAGUUUACGUGAGGCGAAGAGGUUUUGGAAUGAUAUUAUUACGUCGAAGUGUAAGCCGGAUAAGUUUACGUAUGGGAUUUUUAUAAACUCGUUGACUAAGGCGGGGAAGUUGAGCACUGCGGUGAAGCUGUUUAGGGCAAUGUGGGAGAAAGGUUGUGACCCUGAUGUUGCGAUAUGUAAUUGUAUAAUUGAUGGUUUGUGUUUUAAGAAGAGGAUCCCAGAGGCAAUUGCGAUUUUUAAAGAAAUGAAUGAUCGGGAUUGUCUUCCGGAUGUGGUUACUUAUAACUCGCUUAUAAAGCACAUAUGCAAGAUUGAUCGGAUGGAAAAGGUUUAUGAGUUUUUAGAUGAUAUGGAACAGAAAGGAGGGAGCUGUUCUCCAAAUGCUAGAACUUAUGGUUAUUUGUUGAGCUCAGCAAAGAAGCCUGAAGAUGUUCCUCCAAUUUUGAAGAGGAUGGAGAGAUAUGGCUGCAAGAUGACAAGUGAUGUUUAUAAUUUGUUGCUUAGGCUUUUUAUGGAAUGGGGUAAUGAAGAAAGAGUGAAAUCAACUUGGGUUGAGAUGGAGCGGAGUGGUCUUGGACCUGAUCAACGAUCCUACACAAUUAUGGUUCAUGGUCUUUUUGAGAAUGGAAAGAUGGAGGAUGCAUUGCAGUAUUUCAAUCAGAUGACGUUGAAGGGUCUGGUGCCAGAACCAAGGACCAAAUUGUUGAUCAAAGCCAUACACAUUAAGCUGCAAGAUAAAAAGAAUGAAUCAGGGGAUACUGGAGAUGUAAUGGAUAAAGUUAGUUUGUUAAUUGCUUCACGAAAGGAUAGAAAGAAAUACAGAAAAGCGAGGUAGUGUUUGUGCAAGGUAUAGAUUACAACACAUGAUUAACCAUUUACUCGCCUGGUAGAAAUUGAUUCAUAGCCAAAACAAGCUACUCCUGUGUAAUUUACAGACCGAGGAGGAUGAGUAUGGACACAUGUCAAUGAAACUUCUAAUCUUUUUGAGACGAGGAUCAAAGAUCUCAUUGGAAUAGGGAUGAAAUUCAAUUUUAGCAUAUGGUACUUUGAUGAAACUGGAUGAGAUUAAGGACGGUGACUAGAGUUAGAUAUUUACAUGCCAACAAACUAGGGGGUUGAAUAAUUAUAUUGCUACCAUGUUCAUGCAAAUUUUCUGAACAAAACAUGAGGAGGCUGUUGCAUCAUCUAAACUUUUUCUCAUUCAUUGGAAUGACCAACUUUACGGGAUCAUUGUUGAUAAAGAAACGCCCUCACGCAGUUGGAAUCACAUUACGCUAGGGCUAAACUGGAUUGGGCAGGAAUUCUGGCAAAACGUAACAGACCAGAACCAUCUUCAGUAUUAUCAGUGGCAUUACAUCGAAAGAGGCGAGCACUGGCUUUGAAAACACUUUACUCUCCUUUAGCUAGCCACUGGAAGAUGGUUCUCUAUUACUUAGCAAACUUUUUUAGAAGAAACUAUAACUAUGUAUAUCAUCUUUGUGCUGUAUGAAGUAAUAGAAUUGUGGCAUAAUUAAUAAA